AUGACGUCAGCCACAUUGGAAGCCGUGAAUGGAACAUUCGGCACAAACGGAGCGCAUGAGACGAAUGCUGCGAACCGGUCCAACGAGACCAAAGGCCGUGCGUCUUGGGAGCAAAUAGGCUCCAGGAAGCGACAAGAACUGCUCGCUUCUAUCCCAGAAGAAUGGCUUAUCCCGACUGAAGUACUCCCAGCCGAGACCGAGGAUGAUGUGACGCAGUGGCCAGAGACGUGCGGCUGGUUCACAGCCGAGGAGCUCGCCAUUACAGGCUCGACGGCUACAGAACUGAUUCCGAAGCUCAAGUCCCGGGAACUGUCUUCCGAGCAGGUCACGAGGGCCUUCUGCAAGAGAGCCGCAGCCGCCCACCAGUUGACAAACUGUUUGUCAGAGACCUGUUUUGACCGCGCCAUCAAGACAGCCAGGGCCAGAGAUGUGCAUCUCAAGCAGACGGGCAAGCCCGUGGGUCCUCUCCAUGGCCUCCCAAUCUCGCUCAAGGACAACUUCAAUCUCCGCGGCUUGGAUGCCACCGUCGGUUUCGUAUCUCUCGUGGGCGACGCAGCCAAGGCGGAUUCCACUUUGGCACAGCUCCUGGAGAAUGCCGGGGCCGUCUUUUAUGUCAAGAGCAACACUCCCACCGCCAUGAUGAUUGCAGAAAGCGUGAACAACAUAUUCGGCCGCACUGUCAAUCCGCUCAACAGGAAGACGACGAGUGGCGGCAGCUCCGGGGGCGAGUCUGCGCUGCUCGCCAUGAAGGGAAGCCCGCUCGGCGUCGGGUCAGACAUUGGCGGCUCGCUUCGGAUUCCUGCCGCCUGCACCGGCAUCUUCACCCUUCGCCCAUCGUCUGGCCGGUUCCCGGUGAGAAACAUGCGCUCCGGCAUGCCGGGGCAGGAAGCCGUGCAGUCGGUCAACGGUCCCAUGGCGCGAACCCUCGACGACAUCGCCAUGUACACCAGGACGGUUGUGCGUGGUCAGCCCUGGCUGCUGGAUCCACGAUGCUUGCCCAUCCCAUGGCGCGACGUGCAGCUGCCCGACAAGCUCAAGAUAGCCGUCAUGUGGCACGACAACAUGGUGCGUCCAACACCCCCGGUGACGCGUGCCCUCCGCGACGUCGUGUCCAAGCUCGAGGCUGCCGGCCACGAUGUCGUGGAAUGGGACCCUGUUGACCAGAAGGAGGGUCUCGCGCUUCUGGGUCGCAUGUUUGUCGCAGACGGAGGCACCGCCAUCCGGAAGCAGCUGGAGAGAACGGGCGAGCCGUGGAGGCCCGAGAUGGAGCAGUACAGGAUAGCAAAGGAGCUGUCGACGUACGAGAUGUGGAACCUGCAGCUGGAAAGGGUCGAUUUCCAGAACCGUUAUCUGGACCGCUGGAACAGGGCGGGCAUCGAUGCCAUUCUGUGCCCUACCAUCCCCUUCAAUACCGUCAAGAACGGCACAUUCAAGCACGUCGGGUACACGGGCGUCUACAACGUCCUUGACUACUCUUGUCUUUCUUUCCCGACUGGCCUGACGGUUGACGAAUCUAUUGACCGCAUUGAGGAACUCUACCAACCUCUGGGGUCAGACUGCGAGUCGAUCAAUGCUGACUACGACGCCAAGACUAUGCACGGCCUUCCGAUUAGUCUGCAGCUUGUGGCGCGGCGGUUGGAAGAGGAGAAGGUCUUGGCCAUGGGCAAAAAGGUGCUGGAGGUGCUGCACUCUUAG